AUGGCUCCCGAGAUGUCGGCGUUCGAGCGCCGCCGGCUGGAGAACAUUGCGGCGAACAAUGCCAUUCUCAAGGACAUUUCCACAACCGCAAAGAAGAUUAUUCCAGCGCCGAAACCAGUUACACCGAAGAAAGCAUCGACUCCCCGAAGACGAACCGAGACCAUUAAGCGCGAGGCCGCGAUCCCGACUCGACGGAGUAGCCGAGUCGCCGGACUCGACGCUGACAAUGAAACUCUCAAAAGAAAGUUCGAGGUCGAGGCCGAGGCGGAAGCAGAAAAGUCGCGUCAAAAGAGGCAGCGAGUCGGUGACGACUUGAACCUCGGCGACACGAUUGUCGAGGGCCGUAAAUGGCAAGGCAGUAUGGAUGGCUUGCUGAACCUACGAGGUCUGAUUCGUGGCGCCGAACCUGGAUUCCGCACUUUCACCGACGACGACGUCGCGAAAACCACCGACAAGGACUUGAAGAAUCUCAGAUUGCGCAUGGGCGAGCUCAAGCUAUACGAAAAAUGGCCUGUACCUGACAUCAAGCUCGUACCUCAGCGCAUCUACUCCAUGGGGUUCCACCCAACCGAAUCAAAACCGAUCAUCUUCGCGGGCGACAAAGAGGGUGCUAUGGGCGUGUUCGAUGCCUCACAGGAACCCAUCAAAGCCGAAGACGACGAAGAGGGUGGAGAGCAGUCCGACCCAGUUAUAUCGGCGUUCAAGACGCACUCCCGCACAAUCUCGUCCUUCUUGUUCUCGCCGACAGAUGCCAACUCGGUCUUCACAGCCUCAUAUGAUUCGUCAAUACGCAAGCUCGACCUCGACAAGGGCGUCUCAGUGCAAGUGUGGGCCCCCUCUGAGAUUGACGAGGACUUGCCUAUCAGUGCAUUGGACAUGGCUUCCACGGAACCCAGCCUGAUCUACUUCUCAACACUCCAGGGAUCCUUCGGCCGCUACGACCUGCGGAUGAAGGCCUCGGACGCCGAGAUAUGGUCCCUUACCGACCACAAGAUUGGCGGCUUCAGUCUAAACCCACUCCAUCCUCACCUGUUCGCCACUGCAAGUCUGGACCGCACUAUGAAGAUCUGGGACCUCCGCAAGAUCGCGGGCAAGGGUGAUCUGCGCCACCCUGCUCUGCUCGGCGAGCACGAGUCUCGGUUGUCCGUCUCGCACGCCUCGUGGAGCAGCGGUGGGCAGAUCGCCACCUCGUCGUACGAUGACACCAUCAAGAUCUACGACUUUUCCGACGCCGGUUCGUGGGCCGCGGGGCACGACAUCCCGGACAAGAAGAUGACCCCUGCGCACAUCAUCAAGCACAACAACCAGACGGGGAGGUGGGUGACGAUCCUCAAGCCGCAGUGGCAGCACCGGCCGCGGGACGGCAUACAGAAGUUUGUCAUUGGGAACAUGAACCGCUUUGUCGACGUCUUCGCCGCGGACGGAGAGCAGCUCGCGCAGCUCGACGGCGACGGCAUCACGGCGGUGCCGGCGGUGGCGCACUUCCAUCCCACGAUGGACUGGGUUGCGGGUGGCAACGCCAGCGGCAAGUUGUGUUUGUGGAUGUAA